CACCUGAAAGCAUUCAUUGACAAUGUUGCUGUUGUGGGUGACGCUGUUACCGGCGGUGUUGUCUGUUGAACUCCUCCAUGAUGCUGACUUUGACGGCACGACCACCUACGGAGGGGACACCAGUGCGGGGUGGUGGUGUGUGCAGUGCGAUGCCGUUCCCAGCGUCGACACACACUCAGGGUCGCACAGUGUCAAGGUUACAAACAGAAAGCAAAAUUGGGGCAGUAUAACCCAGUCUUUUAAGCCUAAAGGUGGGCACAAGUAUUCGUUCAGGGCUUACGUGAAGAUUUUGAACUUAGCCAAGGGUAAGGUGUACCACAGCAUGCAGACAACGCUGGAGAUCAAGGGAAGCAAUGGUAAUACUAAAUAUGAACAAAUUGGUACAACUCCACAUCUGAGACCUGGCUCCUGGCACAUUGUGGGCGGGGACUACCAUAUGCCAAAUGAUGUCAAGGAGGUGCGCCUGUACUUCCAGAUCGCGGAGCCCCAGGUCAACUACUUACUUGACACGGCCAGCAUUGAGGAGAUCCCUCAAAUUGCCAACCUUAAGUCCGACACCAAUAGGAGAAUAGACAUGCUCCGAAAGAAUAAUAUUGACAUCAAAGUAACGAAUAGCAACGUGCACGCCUCUGGUCUCACAGUGGAGGUCCAGCAAACUAGCAGCGAGUUCGGCUGGGGCUCUGCUGUGGAUGCCAAUGACAUCACAGACUCCCAACACAAGAAAUACCAGGACUACUUUUAUGACAACUUUGAGUGGGCUGUUCUAGAGAAUGCUCUCAAGUGGUACUCAAUGGAACAAAACCAGGGGCAAGAUAACGUAGCACUUCCUGAGAAAGCAGUUGACACUUUGCGGUCAAAGGGCAUCAAGGUGAGAGGACAUAACAUCUUCUGGGCAGUAGCUCAGUGGGUGCCAAACUGGCAGAAACAACUGUCCGAGUCAGCUCUCAAGCAAGCAAUGGUGAAGAGGGUAGCGGACAGCGUCGGUCACUUCAAGGGAAAGCUUCCUCACUGGGAUGUCAACAACGAGAACGUUCAUGGGGAUUUCUAUGCUCAAAAACUCCAUGAUCCUGAUAUCACCGUUUGGAUGUUUAACGAAGCCCACAAUGCUGACCCUAAUUCCCUACUUUUCCUUAAUGAUUACAACGUCGUCAGUCAAAAUGAAGCCACUGUGGCAUUUGAAGAUGAGGCGCAGUACAUACUUGGAAAAGGUGCUCCAGUCAAGAGGCUCGGUAUCCAGUCCCACUUUGAUGGGCAGCCAAUCGAUUAUGACCUUGUCAAGCAUCGCCUUGACGAAGUUGCCCGUGCAGGGUUAAAGAUGUGGAUCACUGAGCUGGACAUUGAUGACUGGAACGAGAACACGAAAGCUGACAAGUAUGAGGCGCUGCUCCGACUGUACUUCAGUCACCCAGCUGUGGAGGGGAUCAUGUUCUGGGGAUACUGGGAUGGGAGACACUGGCGACCUAACGCUGCUCUAGCUAAUGGACAAGAUGUGACGCCGAACGCUGCAGGGCGGAGGGUGAAACAGUUGAUCAAGGGGGAGUGGAGGACCAACGAGUCACACCCUGUCAAGGAGGGGCAGAAUCUCCGAGUGAGAGGAUUCAAAGGAGACUACACGGUGCAGGUCAAACACAACGGAAACGUCAUCAAGACCGAGCACUUCACCCUGAGUGACAACGGUGUUGAUCUGACUAUCAGUCUGUCGGGAUCAGGUAGCAACCCGCAGGUAUUUGAGAGCUCAGCUAUUAUACCUGGAAUUGGCAAAGCGUUUUUCUUAUCAUACCUUGCUAAAGUACAUCGUUCUCCUUAUCGACCUGAACUUACCCGCUAUUUAUAUAACAACGGCCAAACCCUAGUCACAUACUACAGAUUCCGACACGCAAUGUUGCUUGUGUUAACACUUCUCCCGGCCUUAGUGCUGGGUGAACAACUGAAGAACGCUGACUUCGACAGCACAACAUACACCGCCUCGGCAGGAUGGUGGUGCAACAACUGUGCGGCUUCCGGCAGCUCCGACAGGCACUCCGGCUCACACAGUGUCAAGGUCACAAACAGGCAACAUGACUGGGCCGGCAUUACGCAGACCUUUCCAGCCCAAGGGGGACACCUCUACCUUUUUCGAGCCUAUGUGAAAAUCCUUAACUUGGCUCAGGGCAAGAUGUACCACAGCAUGGACGUGAUGCUUGAGAUCAAGGAUAACGGGGGAAACUUGCAGUACGUUCAGGUUGGCUCAACACCCCAUAUCAAACCGGGCGACUGGCACGUCGUCGGUGGAGACUACCGCAUGCCUGGGAGUUUCAAAGAGGCGAGAGUGUAUUUCCAAAUCCACGAGCCAGAGGUAAAUUAUCUCGUGGACUCAGCCACCAUACAGGAGGUCCCUCACAUUUCCAACCUGAAGUCUGAAACCAACGGAAGGAUUGACCAGCUACGCAAAGCCAACAUCAAUAUCAAGGUAACGGACAACCAUGUACAUCCGUCUGGUCUAACUGUGGAGGUCCAACAAACUAGCAGCGAGUUCGGCUGGGGCUCUGCUGUGGAUGCCAAUGACAUCACAGACUCCCAACACAAGAAAUACCAGGACUACUUCUAUGACAAUUUCGAGUGGGCUGUUCUAGAGAAUGCUCUCAAGUGGUACUCAAUGGAGCCCCAACAGGGACAAAACAAUGUUGCACUGCCGAACAAAGCUGUAAAUACGUUGCGAUCAAAGGGGAUCAAAGUGAGAGGACACAACAUAUUUUGGGCAGUACCCAAAUGGGCCCCUAGCUGGCAGUCCCAGUUAUCUCCAUCAGCUCUGAAGAAAGAGAUGCAGUACAGGAUUGGUGAGAGUGUGGGAUACUUCAAAGGAAGAUUGCCUCACUGGGACGUGAAUAACGAAAACACACAUGGCGAUUUCUACGCGCAGCAUCUACACGACCCCGACAUCACCAUGUGGAUGUUUAGAGAGGCGCACAAGGCAGACCCGGGUUGUCUUCUCUUCUUAAACGACUAUGACAUUGUGAGUGGACAUGAAGCCACCACGGGAUAUGAAGACCAAGCUACGUAUCUGCGCAGUAAGGGUGUCCCUGUUAACAGAAUAGGCAUUCAGUCUCACCUCGGUGGAGGAGGAGUUGACAUCGAUGCAAUCAAGCAUCGGCUGGACGAAGUUGCUCGAGCAGGUCUGAAGAUGUGGAUCACGGAGCUGGAUAUUAAUGAUAGUAAUGAGAAUACAAAGGCUGACAAAUAUGAGCAGGUGCUCCGACUGUACUUCGGUCAUCCUGCUAUAGAGGGGAUCAUGUUCUGGGGAUACUGGGAUGGCAGACAUUGGCUACCAAAAGCUGCUCUUGCUAACGGUCCAAACGUAACACCAAACGCUGCUGGGCGGAGGGUGAGGCAGUUGAUCAAGGGGGAGUGGAGGACCAACGAGUCCCAUUCUGUCCAGGAGGGACAGAACCUCCGAGUGAGAGGAUUUAAGGGUGGUUACACGGUGCAGGUUAAACAUAACGGUAACGUCAUCAAGACCGAGCACUUCACUCUGGGUGGCAACGGUGUAGACCUGACUAUCAGUCUGUCGGGAUCAGGGAACAACCCGCAUGUUAACAACAUCCUUAUCGGAUAGGUGCCGAGGUAAUAAAUGUUGCAACACUCA